GUGACAUAACGAACACAUCCCACAUUGUGGAGGUAAACAUGGCGACCGUCGGACCUCUAGCAAGGAUUGCCAGACUGGGCUCCAGCAUCUGCAGGAACCAUCGUUUAUAUUUUAACAGAAGCACACAGAGACGAGGAAUAGCUUCUUGUGUCGACCCUUCUCAUGGACUCACAGAUGAACAGAAGGAAUUUCAAAAAAUGGCCUUUGACUUUGCGGCCAAUGAAAUGGCUCCACACAUGUCAGAGUGGGACCAAAAGGAAAUCUUUCCAGUAGAGACGAUGCGAAAGGCAGCCCAGUUGGGGUUUGGUGGGAUCUACGUCCAGCCGGAAGUCGGAGGAUCGGGUCUCUCUCGGCUGGACACAUCGAUCAUCUUUGAGGCCUUGUCCACAGGAUGUGUCAGCACUACAGCUUACAUCAGCAUCCACAACAUGUGUGCUUGGAUGAUAGACACUUUUGGCAAUAAUGAGCAGAGGGAGAGGUUCUGUCCUGAUCUCUGUUUGAUGGACAAGUUUGCUUCGUAUUGUCUCACUGAACCAGGCAGCGGCAGUGAUGCUGCUUCACUUCUGACCACUGCUCAGCUGAAAGGGGACCAUUACAUCGUCAAUGGUUCGAAGGCCUUCAUCAGUGGUGGGGGAGACACAGACGUCUAUAUUGUGAUGUGCAGAACAGGAGGUAAAGGACCUAAAGGCAUCUCUUGUCUGGUGGUAGAGAAAGGAACCCCAGGCCUCAGUUUUGGCAAAAAGGAAAAAAAGGUGGGUUGGAACUCCCAGCCGACCCGGGCGGUGAUAUUUGAGGAUUGUGCCGUUCCAGUUAUCAAUCGGCUGGGUGAAGAAGGACAAGGAUUCAACAUGGCCAUGAGAGGCCUGAAUGGAGGAAGAAUUAAUAUUGCCUCCUGUUCUCUUGGGGCGGCACAUGCCUCGGUUCAGCUCGCGAGGGAUCAUCUGUUAGUACGCAAGCAGUUUGGAGAGACACUCUCCAACAACCAGUAUCUUCAAUUCAAACUGGCAGAAAUGGCCACCAAGCUGGUUGCGUCCCGCCUCAUGGUGCGUGAAGCUGCCACAGCGCUGCAGGAGAACCGGUCUGAUGCCGUUUCUCUCUGCUCUAUGGCCAAACUCUUCGCCACAGACGAGUGCUUUAAUAUCUGCAACGAUGCUCUCCAAAUGCACGGUGGGUACGGUUACCUGAAAGACUACGCAGUGCAGCAGUUUGUCCGAGACAUCAGAGUGCAUCAGAUCCUCGAGGGCACAAAUGAAGUGAUGAGGAUGAUCAUUUCCCGUAAUCUGCUGGCAGAAUCAUGAUAAACCUUUUCCCUGGAUAUUUGUGUGAAUUGAACAGUGACCAUAUUGUUAUGGUCUUUCUUCCUGUUGCUGUGUGACUGGUUUCCUAAAGUGUAAAAGGUCAUUUAAGGACGUGUGGUAAGCCAGUCAGUAAGGCAUAGGUUUUUCUAGUAUGAUAUUAGUUAUUAUCUUCAAAUGUUUAACUACUCUGUUGCAGCAAGGCUCAAGGGAUGACCAUUUAACAAUGUACACAGAUUUCCAAUAACAGCUGUCAUUCAAAGAGGACGAAUCCCAAUGACAUUGGCAAUCCCUAGCUUACUUUACAUGUAGUGCCACCUGCAGGUCAACAUUUCCUCAGGUCAACAUUUCCUCAGGUCCAACACUUCCUCAGGUCCAACACUUCCUCUAAAAGCAAUAAAUAAAUUACAGGCUAUCAUUUUAAAGAAAUGCUUAUACUGUACAGCAUAUACAAAAUGCUGAAUAAUGGCACAUUACACUAACAUACAAACCUUAGCAUUCAACUCAAAACAAAGCUGAAGUUAUGUACAAUUUAAAAAGACAAAGCAUAUUUUAUUUAAGUACAGACCGCAACUAAUGAACAAUAACAAUGUUUGACAGAAAGAACACCAAGGAUGUGCAGCCAUGCUAGCUCUGCAGUGAUGCUGAUGUUUUGCAGGUUUGUAGUUUACCCCGUUCACCAUCUUAGCUUAGCCUGUUAGCAUGCUAACAUGUGUUACUUAUAGGAAUCCCACACGAACUGCAAGUAUUUGGUCCUAGAAAAAAGUAAAAACUUGACCUGAUGGUGGUGCUGGGUGAAAAUGUAAGGGAUCACAAGUUGUUUCAGACCUGAAGGGACCAUGACAUACUUUACCAAACAUUUCAACCUGAUGGCAGUGCUAGAGAAAUCAUUGGAUCACCAAAUUCAGUAGCAUUAAUCCUGUUUGCGUCAUGUAUAAAAUAUCCUGUGAAUCCCUUUAAUAGUUGGUGGAUUGAUAUUGGAAUCACCUUGCUGCCAACGUGCUGGUAACUACACCACAUGGUCACAGACACCACCUCUAAUAGAUGUAAUGUUCUAAGAAUAGUUAAAAAAAUUGUUUUGUUUUGAUUUUUAACCGAAAUAUGUUCUGCAAAGCUGCUAGUGUGGAUAUAUUGUAAUCUUGUUUUUCUUUAAUAAAAAAAAAGAAAGCUGCUCCUUACUACAGAUUCACACAAUUUGUGACAAGUUUGGAUUUUUUUCCUAUUUUUAAAAGGAUUUAACAAACAGUGAUAAAAUUGUGUUUUUUUGCACUGGAUAUCACAGAUGUAUAUUACUUGCAGUCUCAGCAUCUCUGUGCCUUAAGUGGCCUUUUAGAUCUCCUUUAUAGUCAAGGUUACUGAAUUGUUACCCAUCCAUGACGUUUGAAAUGCCACAGUGGGUUGGGUAUUAUGGGCUAUGUAUUGUCAUAUUUCAAAUUAUGUCUGCUGAUUACACUCCAAAUAAAAUAAUCUCAGUUUACAGAAAAAGGAA